CUCCGGGGCGGGCGCGGCACGCCGGCCGAGCCUGGCCGCCUAGCUACGUACCACUACCGGUAUACCGUACCUCUCUAGUUCUGUGAAAAAAAAGAUGAUGCCGCGGACGUUGUGAUUUAGUUAAACAGCGACCACCUCUAACCCAGAACUUGUAAACUACAUGUACAUUUCAACUGUAGUUUGAACGACAAUGUGAAGAUGAAAAGACACAACGCAGAGGUAGCCCCACUACAAUUAGCAUCAGGGGUAAAGACCAUUCCUGAGGUUAAAGGUCAGGCCCCUUCCCCAGGGCGUGGGGGUGGGGUACUUAAUUCCAUGACUUCCCUCCAAAGAGAGGCAUCCCCAACCACUCAGAUCCAUGCUGCUGCUGUCAAUGGUCAGAAGACAUCUCUUCAAAAACUUCUCAAAGCAUACCCAAAAGAAGUUGAUCAGGCAGACCAGUUUGGGCGGUCACCUCUCAUGUUUGCAGUACUUGCUGACCGACUUGACUGCGCAGAGGUCCUCAUAAAAAAGGGAGCUAACGUGGAUGCCAAAGAUAAUGGAGGAAGGACAGCCUUGCACUGGGCUACAUACAAGGGAGUGUUUCGGCUAUGCAAGUUGCUAGUAUCUAAGGGAGCCUAUUGGAGAGAAAAAGACAACGAGGGACAGACGUGUCUUCACUUUGCCACAAGACACAAAGAUACUAGAUGUCUUGCCCUUAUCAUGAAACAACUCAUGCCAGGGGAAGUAGAUGAGCAAGAUAAUUCAAAGAGAACUGCCUUACACUGGAGUGCAUCCUAUGGAAAUGAGGAAGCAGUGAGGAUGCUUGUGAAACAUAGCUCCAACAUUGGUAUACCAGACAGUGAUGGUAAGACGCCACUCCAUUGGGCAGCUAAUGCAGGGGAUUCCCCUACUGCUAUUAACACCGUUCAGCACAUACUGGAAACUGAACCGAGUGUGGUGAACUGGCAGGACUAUGAGGGGAGAACAGCACUUCACCUGGCCGUUGCUAAUGGUAAUACUGCCAUAGUCCAACGGCUAGUGGAUUUUCAGACUCCACUAGUCAAGUGCAACAUUUCUGUCUUGGACAAUAUGUUCCGGACCCCUCUCCACUGGGCAGCUGUCCUUGGCCACACCCACAUGGUCAACAUGCUACUGGACAAGAAUGCAAAUUACAGCUGUUCGGAUUCCAACGGGGCCACACCCUUACACUACGCAGCACAGAAUAACCAUACGGAGACUGUGGAAGUCUUUCUUCAGAGGGAAGGGAUCACAGAUGAACCUGACCUUGAAGGAAGGUCAGCACUCAUGUGGGCGGCUGGGAAAGGAGCGGAUGGGGUGAUUGAGGUCAUGAUGAAAUUCAAACAAGACAUUAAUGCUACAGAUAAGACAGGAGCAACGGCCCUCCAUGCUGCUGCUAUGUCGGGCCAUGCAAGUACAGUCAAUGUCUUAUUGCAGCAUGGUGCAGCAGUUGAUGUUGUUGAUCAGACUAAACACACUCCUCUGUUCAGAGCGUCUGAGAUGGGACACACAGAAGUCAUGAUGACUUUAGCUAAAGGUGGAGCUCAAGUCAAGGUAGUUGAUCAGGAAGGCAGAUCUCCUCUUCACUGGGCUGCUUUAGGAGGUCAUACGUGUGUCUGUUACCAUCUAAUGACACAUGACAUAAGUCCCAAUGUACAGGAUAAUGCUGGUCGUACCCCUCUACAGUGUGCUGCCUAUGGGGGUUUCAUCCGUUGUAUGACUCUACUCCUAGAGCACGGUGCUGACCCUAAUCUACAGGAUAAUGAGGGUAUGACGGCUCUUCACUGGGCUUGUAGUACUGGAUACCUGGAUGCUGCAAGGUUACUCUUAGACCAUGGGGCUUUCCCUAAUCAUAUGGAAUUAACAGAGGAUCGCUUCACACCCCUUGACUACACCCUACUUAAUGACCAUCAUGAAGUAUCACAAUACAUGGUUGAACAAGGCGCACUCUCUAUCACUGGUAUCAGAGACAUGGCUGCCACUCGUAUUCAGAGUCGUUUCCGAGGUUUCUGUGUCCGCAAGACAUUUGUUGAGAGAAAGAAGCUACUGAUGAAACAUGAACAACUGAGGAAAGAUGCGGCAGCUAAGAAACGUGAAGAGCAAAGCAAAAAGUAUGAUCAGCCAGAUUCCUCCUCAACCCCGUUGAACUCCCAAAGUAUCGAACAUAUCCCUACUUUGAAUCCAGGGGAUAAAUCCCAAAUCAAAGAGAAUGGAUGGACAUCAGAGAAUGCUAACACCAACAAUAACAAUAAUGUUUGUGAUGCAUCAGUGAGCUUGUCAGAGGAUACCAGUACGUUACAUGACACCUGCUCUGGAGUGGGGGAGGUAGAGGGAAGGGUUAUAGGACCACCUCUAUUAGUGAGUGACAACCCAUGUUCCGUCUCACUAGAGAAGGUUAGGGAUGAGGAAGGUCAGCUGAGGAUUCUGAAUGAGAGAAGAAAAGUGGUAUAUAAGGAAAGACUAAGGUUGGCUGACAUGCGAAGGAAGAAUAGAGCUGCUACCAUCAUUCAGAAUGCAUGGAGAAAUUUCAGACAAUGCAACACUAAGAUGAUGCACACUGUUCAUGAGAUACAGCUUCGGCGAUUGAUGCGCAAGGAUGAAGACGUUUGGGAGAGACAGAUAGCUGCAUGUACUAUCCAGCUUGCAUGGCGGCGAUACUAUCGUCGCAAGCUUCUCAAAGCGCUUGGGGGUAACAAGGCACUCGUACACACCUAUGAUCCAGAAAUAAUGGCUCUUAGACAGUAUCUGACUCUUCAGAAAGUAUAUGGAAGUAGCAUGGAAGCUAAAGAGUGGUUCCCUGGCCCACCUGAGAGAAAGGAUCGUCCUGAUUACAUGAAAUACAUUCCUUCACCUGCUGCUUUGUCAUAUAAUUUUGCCAUGGAGCAGUAUAUGCCUGAUAACCUGAAGAUAAUGUGUAGUGGUUUGGAUAACAUCACCCUCCAGAGGUCUGGUCUGGAUGACAAGUCAAUGGCACUCAAUGAAGCAGAUGAAGCAUUCUUGCGCCAAUCUCAAAGUUACAACAGCCACAGCAGUGCUCCAAAUUCCUGAUAAUCUGACUGACUGAAUAGUUCACACAAAUGUUUUGUAAGGUAUAUUUUCUUCCAGUAUCAGUGCUACUUCAAGGUUCACCAUUUCAUCAGGAUGUCAUCGUCCCAAGUCUAAAAGAGGUUAACUGAAAUAUGUGUACUUUAAUCACCUUGAUUAUUGCAUAGACAUGUACUUUUAAUACUGCUUUCUUUACAACAGUCCUUAAAAACCAUUAUUUUGCUUAAUUUAUAUAUCUAUCUCUUACAACAUUGAGAUAUCCAACUGUUUCAUAAAAUAAUAGAGAUAUUUAGAAAUGUUGAUCAUGGUCAUGAUUUUAUAAAUUAUUAUAAUGGUUAUUGUAUUCAUAUUUAUAUUAAUAUUGCAGUGUAAAUUGGAAAUUGAUUUUUAGAUUUGAAAUUUACAAAGUAGGGGAAAAAUAUAUAAUGGUAUACAACAUCCUGUUGUAUUUCAGACCAGUAUAUACUGGGGGUGUCAAUUUGACCCCCCCCCCUUAGAUCUGGGUCACUGAUUGCGCGAUCGCAGUGAAAAUUUGAACGCGCAUAGGGAUUAUGAUUUGUAUUGUGCCAUAUAUCUCUCAAAGGCAUUCAAAGGCGCAUUUUAGGAGGAGCCAGCCAAUCUGGGUCGCCUAAAAGGUGUGCACACAG